ACCACCAUGUCGAACUGCGCGCUGUUGGAAAUCGCGUGUUUCAGCGGGGAGUCGGCUUUGAUUGCUGCGCGGGCGGGGGCCGAUCGGAUUGAGCUAUGCUCGGAUUACGCAUCCGGGGGGCUGGCACCAUCGGCGGAGACGGUCGCGUCGGUGAAAGCCCAGGUCUCGAUUCCGGUGUAUGUGAUGAUCCGGCCUCAUGCGCGGGACUUUUUCUACGAGGAGGCCGAGUAUGCAGAGAUGCAAACCACGCUGGAGAAGAUGAAGGAGGCGGGCGCCGACGGGUUCGUCUUCGGAAUUCUGCGACCAACAGAUGCAGCUGAAGGAAGCGUGUUGGUGGACGUCGCCAGGAACAAAGCGCUGGUUGACCUCGCCGACGGACGCCCGUGCACUUUUCACCGGGCGUUCGACCUCAUCCCGGAGGCGGGAUGGGAGCGCGCGGCGGAUGACAUUGCCGCAUGUGGGUUCCAGUCCAUUCUCACGUGUGGAGGCCCGCCGGGGAAGAAGGCAAGUGAAUGCGUUGAGCCGUUAGGGAGACUGGUUCAUCGACAGCAGGAGCGUCGCGAACAGAACUCCGAGUCUGAAUCGGUCGUUCCCCAGAUUAUUGUCGGUGGGGGGGUACGGUCGACUAAUGUGUCGGGCAUUUAUCGCUCGGUCCAGGCUGACGCGUUUCAUUCUGCGGCGCUGGAGGGGAAGAAGGCGUAUGUGAGCCGGGGCGAAGUGCGCAGGAUACGAGGCGCAAUG